ACCAAAGUUUCGGUGUGAACCUUCUGGAGAACAUUCACCAGCUCAUCCGUGACUUUCCGCUACAUGUGAGAAGAACCUCGUUUUCAUUUUGAUGGUGGAUGGAUUAAAUGUUUUGGUCUUUUUCUAACAAGUGGAACGAUAAAACGCUGAACUUCCUUGAGGAGAUGAAGGAUUAAAGUUCCUCAGACGUCUGUGUAGACAUUUUGAGGUGCUGGACGAGUCCAUGAUUCGGUUUUGGUGAAAAAUUGGAUGGUGCGUUACGAUGGAAGGAAUAAGAGUGAAAUGUUUUAUCUUUAUUUUAUCGUUAGUGGUUUUCAUCCUCAUUUGGGAAUAUAUACAUGAAAUCAGAAGAUUUGUCUUCAUUUUGCCAACUAUUAAGAGUAAAUAUAAACCAACUAGUAUGCUGGUAUCUCUGAAUUCCAUCACCAGGAUUAAAAACUCGGAACACUUCGCCGUAUCUGCGUUCAUCGAUCACAGGAUUGGUGAAGCCAUCCGAGUGAUCAGCAUCAUCAAAAGAGACAGUAAACAGUCGCUUUAUUGCGUCUACGGCAACAGCAGCCAUCACUGGCGCUUCUCUAAGGCCGAGGUGGAAAUACACACCGAUCAUUUCGGCUUCCCGUUUGCAGCCACGGAUCUUCUGUGUCAUGGCUGGCGCACCCAAGACGCCACACACGUGGCUGUUACGACAAACGCUGAGGUCUCGAACGUUCCCAACGCAACCUUCCUUCCUAUAAAGAACAGAGUGCACGGCGAGUCGUUUAAAUUCAACUUCACCGUCUGCGUCUCCAACCUGUUCGGGAGCUACAAUAACGUCCUGCAGUUUGCUCAGACCAUGGAGAUGUACAAGCUCCUCGGCGUGCAGCGUGUCGUGAUCUACAACACGAGCUGUGGCCCGGACCUGGAGAAGCUCCUACAGUACUAUAAGAAGGAAGGAAUACUGGAGAUCGUCCCGUGGCCCAUCGACCAGUUCCUGACCCCGUCUUCAGGGUGGAACUUCCAAAUGCACGGAGGGGAUCUGCACUAUUACGGUCAGCUGGUGACACUCAACGAGUGCAUUUACAGGAACAUGUACCGGUCGAAAUAUGUUCUCCUGAACGACAUGGACGAGAUCAUCAUGCCUUAUAAGCACAAGAACCUCGAAUCGCUGAUGGACGCUCUGCAGCAGGAACACAAGAACGUUGGUGUGUUUUACAUCGAGAACCACAUUUUCCCCAAGACGCUGUUCGACCAGAGUGGGAAGUUUCACCGACCAGAAUGGGUAAAUAUUUCUGGAAUUAAUAUCAUGGAGCACAUUUACAGAGAGCCAGACAGAAAGAAUGUCUACAACCCCAAAAAGAUGAUCGUCAACCCCAGGAACAUGUUCCAAACCUCGGUGCAUUCCAGCCUGAACCAUAUCGGAGGCGAGUGUUCCGUUCCGAACGACGUGUGUCGGAUCGUCCACGUCAGAACGCCCCUUCAGGCGAGUCUCCCCAAAGAAAAGCUCUUCGUUGACACGAGAGUGUGGGACUUUGAGAAAGAUCUGGUACCGAAUGUGACUUUCGCUUUGAAGUCAUCAGGUUUGUUGUAAAGAUUAAAUUUUUUUUCUGUGGUUCUCUGAAAAUAAAUCAAACAAAUCUUAUGCAAA